GGCUCCAAGCUCUGAGCCAUCAGCCCAGAGCCUGACGCGGGGCUCGAACUCACAGACCGCGAGAUCGUGACCUGGCUGAAGUCAGACGCUUAACCGACUGCGCCACCCAGGCGCCCCGAGUUCCUCUUUAUCCACCCUGAAAUAUUAAGCUUCCUUAGGAUUCUCUCUAGACACUCUUAUUUUCAUUCUGUAGUUCUAUCCCGUCUUUUUUUUUUUUUUAUAUGUUGAUGACUCCCAGAUCUAUUAUUUGUAGCUCACCCUUGCUAUGUUGCAGGCUAUAAUUCAUAGUCCUGUCCAAAUUGAAUUCUUGAUUUUCUUUCUUGCCAUGUAUUCUCUUAGUUGUUUCAUGUCAGGAGUAAGUGGAAUCCAGGUGCUUAGUGGAAAUAUAUUUGACUGCUCCUUUUCCUUCACUUGUCUUGCUUAUUCACAGUUUCAUAGAGUCCUUGCAGUUCUCUCUUGAAUGCAUUUACUUUGCUUUUCCUAUAAUCUUUUGUUGUUGUUUAUUUUUGAGAGAUGAGAGAACGUGUGCUUAAGCAGGGCAGGGGUAGGGGGUGGGGAACAGAGGAUCUGAAGCAGGCUCUGUGCUGACAGGCUCGAACUGAAGCUGUGAGAUCAUGGCCUGAGCUGAAAUCGAGUCGGAUGCUUAACCAACUGAGCCACCUAGGCGCCCCUCCCUCUUAAUAUUAUCAAAUUUCCUUGUGACCUCCUCUUUCUCAGUAUUUUGCAUUGUCAAGAGUAGCUUCUAAAAAUGUUUACCAGAUCAUGCCCUCUGUUAGUAUGCAAAGCAGAUUAACGUAAUGAACAACCCCAAGAUAUCAGUGGCUUAACAGAUAGACAUUUAUACUCCGAUAACUUUCCUCAGAUAACUUUCAUUGAAUGUUCAUUAGGUUGCCUUCUGUGUGGUAAUUCAGGACCCCAGGCUCCUUCCAUCUUGUGGCAUUGUUUUUCUCUAGAGGGAGUCCUCUUUGUUUAGCUGGCAGAUGGUGAUAAAACCAGAGGGUCAUGAGUAUGAGGUCUUAUGGACAAGGUCCAGAAGUGGCUGGUAUCAUUUUUGGCCUGCGUUUUAUUGGCUAGAACUUAGAAUCUUGGCCACACCUAUGCAAGAAAGGCUGAGAAAUGUAGUCUAGCUGUUUAGCCAGGGAGAGGAAACAGAUUUGGUAAGCAUCUACCUAGUCUCUCCUACUCCCUUAUUCCCUAAAAUAUACUUAAAUUCAUGUAGCUUCUAGGAUCAUCUUUAUGAUAAAAUCUAGAAGUCUGAGAUGGGGGUUCUAUACAUAAAAGAGAAGAAAGCCACAAAAUGGGUCUUAGUUACCUCCAGAAGACAUUUCAUUUUGGCCACUGUCAGGGUUAGUGUGUGGGGAUUGUAUUUAGGACCGUGAUUUAUUACAGCAAAAGGAUACAAAGCAAAAUCAGCAAAGGGAAAAGGCAUAUGAGGUGAAGUCUGAGGAAACUGGACUCACGCUUCCAAAGCUGAACCUCUCCCAGUGCCUUUCCCAGUAGAGUCACAUCAGACACACUUAAUUCCUUCAACAAGGAAUUGUGACAACACAUAUGUGCAAAAUGUUGCCCAGCAGCAAAGCUCCUGAGAGACACAGUGCCUAGGAUUGUUAUAGGCACCUUCUGCCUGUCAUCCAUUAAAAUUCCAGGUUCCUGGAGGGAAGGUAGGUGUUACACAUGAAUCACAUUUUUUGGUACAGUUUAGUCACAGUGAGCCACUCUUAUUAGCUCUUGGAAUGGGGAUUAGUUUUCCCCAAAUCCAGGUUCUCACACUAGCCACGGGCCAACCUGGCAUGUCUUUCUAAGGAUAGCAGUUGCAGGCCUUCUGUCUUAACUCUUUUCUGCUCAGUAAGUGAGGUGAAUGGUCUCCAUCAAAAGGGAUUUUAUAUAGAGAUUAUGCAAAAUUGGAAUAUGCAAAAUUUUGUUGGCCUAAUAUUUUGUCUUUGAAAAUUACAUUUGUAUUUCAGUAGGGAAAAAAAGUUCAAUUCCCUUCUUAUCUCCUUUCAUCUAACUUUUCAGAUAGUUAUUUUUGUAUCAUUCUGGAUACUCUACAUACAAGGACAUAUACAUACACAAUGCUGUUCUGAAACUUGCUUUCCUCCCAAUAGAUAGUAUUCCUUUUUAUGAUUUACUUAACCAUUGCACUUUUAGGGGGAUAUUUAGGCCUUUUUCACUUGAUACGUUUUUAAAGAGUUGUUCAUUUCCUGGAUGAAAAAGGAAUGGAUUAAAGAUGAUUCCUGGGGGGGAAAAAAAAGAUGAUUCCUGAGUAUUCAGUACAGAAUUGGGGAUUAAGUGGUCUAAAACUCUUACUAUUCAUCCUAAAGGUUGGAGAUACUCCUAUCAGGAACUGUUUGUUUUAGGACUUGGUAUUAAAACACUUAUUUAGACUCUUAAUGAUUUUGAAGGUGCAAUACAAGGAUUUUUGUUCAUUUUUAAAAUCCUCUUACCUCUACUGCCCAAUUCUUUAAAGUUCUGUUAAAUACUGUCUUUAAAAUUCUAUUAGCAAUUGCCAUUUAAACUAUUCUUCAGCUAUAAACUUGGGAGGAUAGUACCUUCCUCAAAGAGUUACCAGGUUUAAAUAAACUAAUAUACAUAAAAUGCUUAGAACAAUUCUGUUUAAGUAUUGUGAUUGUACUGGGAUAAGUUAUCCUAUUUUGUACGUAGUAAUUAUAUUUAAGAAUUUAAUAAGUAAACCAUUUUGGAUGAAUGGGAUUGGAACUGUGUACUAUAAAUCUAGAAUCUCUGCCUCUUGGAGGAGUAUUAAAGAUUGCUAUGGCCUUUUGCCUCAUUGUAUCUGAGAGCAAAAUGGGUCACCAACAGCUGUACUGGAGCCAUCUGAGGAAAUUUGGCCAGGGGUCUCAUUCUUGCUGCAUUUGCUGGAACCAGCAGGGUCUGACCCAGAAAUACACUCUCAGUAUGUGCUGCCAGUACUUCCGUCAGUCCGUGAAGGAUAUAGGCUUCAUUAGGUUACAUUAAGUGAACUUCCUUGAAUGGGUCAUCCAAGAUACCUCCCUUAACUGCAGAUACCCAGGAUACCUACCUUAAUGCAACUCAUUGUACAUAAGAUAAAAACACUUCAAUUAAAAAUAAGUAGGGGCACAUGGGUGGCUCAGUUAGUUGAGCUUUGACUCAUGAUUUUGGCUCAGGUCAUGAGCCCAGGGUUGUGGGACGGCAUCCCACGUCG